CUGAUCCAACCAUCACUCCACCUGAAGAGGACACUGACACCAAUAAUGGCCUCCAGCAUCUCAGUGAGGAGCUUCUCUAUGAACCGUCAGCCCUCCUUCUCCAGUCGCUCUCUGAUGGACACCAACCGGGCUCGCUCUCGGGCUUCUGUCUCUUUCGCUGCAGUCAGCCCGCUGACCCGUUCAGCCUCUAUCAGCCAGGAUCUGAACGGCCCGAUCAGCCUGCAUCUUAAUGGGCUGCAUGGCAACAGCACCAAUGAAAAGGAGGCCAUGCAGAGUCUCAACAGCCGCCUGGCCAACUAUCUGGACAAGGUGCGCUCGCUGGAGCGCUCCAAUGCUGACCUGGAGAUGAAAAUUAAGCAGCUGAUGCUCGACCGCAUUCCCAAAGGUCAUGAUCUUGAUUCAAUGAUGGCCCAAGCACAUACUGUUGAGCAAGAGGUGAGGAAGAGGACCUUGGAAAAUGCUCGUCUCAUGUUAGAGAUUGAUAAUGCUAAACUGGCAGCUGAUGACUUCAGAAUCAAGUGGGAAACAGAGCUGGUGAUGUGUCAGUCUGUGGAGCGAGACUGUGUUGCUCUCAAAAAGGCUAAAACCGACCACGAGCAGAUCAUCGCCUCACUGAGGGGGGAUUUGGACAGCCUCAAAGAAGAGCUUUACUUCCUCAAAAAAAACCAUGAGGAGGAACUUGAGCAGAUGAAGUCUCGCAUUGCCAGAGAUGAAGUGAAUGUGGAGGUGGACUCGGCCAGUGGGCCAGAGCUGGGCAGCAUCCUGUCUGAGCUACGCUCCCAGUAUGAGGGGAUUGUCAAGAAGAACAAGGAGCAGGCCGAGCAGUGGUACCGCAAGAAGCUUGAGACCAUGCAAAAUGAAGUGAAGGAGAGCAAUGAGGCUCUGAGAGGAGCCCAGGGAGAGCUGACCGAAAGGCAACGCUUCCUGCACACCCUUGAGGUGGACCUGGAGAGUCUGCACAAACAGGUAGCAGCUAUGGAAGGUAACCUGGGUGAGACGGGCCAGAAGUAUUCCACUGAGAUGGAGCGGCUGCAGGUCACCCUGAACCAGCUGGAGGAUGACCUCUCCCAUCUGAGGCUGGACAUGCAGCGCAUCAAGACUGACUACGAGCAGCUCCUCCGCAUCAAGCAGAACCUGGAAAUGGAGAUUGCUACCUACAGGCGCCUGCUGGAGGGAGAGGAAACAGUGAAAGAAGCUCCUCCUCUGCCAAAAAAGGAGCCUGAUGUCCGCACCAGGAAGAUUGUGAAAGUGGUAACUCAGACGAUGGUCAACGGCAAAGUGGUCGAUGAAUCGAGUGAGGUGGAGCAAAUUGAAGAGGCACAGAAAUAAAAGCAUGGAAAUAAAGUUGAAUUGUGACUUUAAUUAAAUUGGCUUUUAUUUUUCCAAACAAAUUUUUAAAAAGUAAUAUAGAUUUUUUUUUUCUGAAGCAGUAACCUAAUCAUUAAUAAUGACUAUGAAUGAUCCUUUGUUGAAUAGUUAGAUACAUAGUUCCCAACAAUGGUUUAUCAGUGACAUAUUUGCUUGAGAAGAAAAGUAGAUAUCUGCAAACAAAUGUUUAGUUGUGCAUGUGUUUGAGUGUAAACUUGAUCUCUGCAUGAGAAGAAGUGACUAAAAGUACUACAUUCCAGCUGUUUUACUAAUAAGAGACUUUUUUUCUUUUUUAGUGUGGUGGUUUACUUUAAUAAAUACAACUCAUGCCUUUAACUCUUUUAACAAGAAUAGCAUUUAAUUAUCUUUUGGCUUGUGUUCUUUUGGUUUUGACUGUACUCCAAAUAAA